AUGAUGUUCAAACCCACCCUGAUCAUCCACGGCGGUGCUGGUUCCCUCUCCCGCUCAACUCUCCCUCCAUCUCUCUACGAAAGAUACCAUGUCUCUCUCCUCGCCUACCUUCGUUCCACCCGCUCCCUCCUUGAUUUGGGAGCUUCUGCCCUCGACGCCGUCGUGCACGCUGUCUCCCUCCUCGAAGAUGACGAACUAUUCAACUGCGCCCGCGGCAGCGUCUUCACCUCCGCGGGGACCAUAGAAAUGGAAGCUUCUCUAAUGGUCACCUCUAUCGAUCCGGACUCCGAACCAAACAUCAAAACCAACGCUGACGGUAUCAGUAGCAGUAACGGUAUACAUUCCGCUAUGCAUCCCGGCUCCAUCAAAAAAGGUGUCGGGGUCAUCGGUCUGAAAAACGUGCGCCAUCCGAUUCGACUCGCGCACGAAGCUCUCCUCCGCUCGGGCUUGGGCGAUCACCACGACGGCGGGAAUAUGCAUGCCCAAUUGGCUGCUCCGUAUGUUGAGGAUUUGGCCAGACAAUGGGGAUUAGAGUUCAUGCCGGAUGAGUAUUUUUGGACGAAGAGGAGGUGGGAGGAGCAUCGGCGGGGGCUGCAUAAACCAUUAGAAGUGGGACUGGGUGGUUCGACCGGUGUGUGUGACGGUGACUCUGAAUGUGAUGUUGGGUUGCCUCCGUAUGUUGAAGAAUACAUGGAUUAUCUCCCCCAGGGGACCGUCGGCUGCGUCUGUCUCGAUCAAUCGGGGCAUUUGGCUGUUGCUACUAGUACCGGUGGAAAGACGAAUAAAGUCCCCGGAAGGGUGGGAGAUACUCCGACGUUGGGGGCUGGGUUUUGGGCGGAGAAUUGGACUACAAGUUCAGAUUCCCUUGUGGGUUUUGGAGUUGAAAAUUCUUCUUUGGAUAUGUCUAGGACGGGAGGAUCGAUUAGGACUGGUAGAGAGGAUAUAGAGGACGACUGGUCGUCUUGGAUGGAUUGUAUCCCUUCUUUACUGAAGGGGUGUAUCCCUGGUUAUGGGUCGAGAUCCACGUCUACAACCUUGCCUGGAUGGCAUAAUCCACACGGAAAGGAUGCUCUAUUCACAGAUGAAAAGAUUCCUCUCAUGGACCCGCCCUCAUGUCCGCCUCAGAUGAAGGGAACGACAAGAAGAGCCGUCGCUGUGUCUGGUACCGGAGAUGGCGAUGCCUUCCUUCGUGUUUGCGCUGCCCGGACGGCAUGUGCGAUGGCAAGGUUCUCCGGUCUGACGCUGGCGGAUGCUGUGAGCGCCGUUGCAGGGCAUGGAGGCGAGCUGCAGCGUUCUGCGGGCCCGAGAUGGGGUUCUGGUGAAGGCCAGGGAGGGAUAAUUGGAAUAGAGGUUGAAGUUGAUCAUACAAGUGUAGAGAAAGAGAGACAGGGACGAGGUAGAGUAGUGUUUGAUUUUAACUGUGGAGGGAUGUGGAGGGCUUGGAUCGAUGAGAUGAAUGGGGAGGAUGUAGAGAAGGUGAUGGUAUUUCAGGAGCCAUACUACUAG